AUGGACGCUUCUCGAGUCGAAGCUCCGCAGCUGAUGGGAGUUACGGGCGACUGCUGCGCGUCUUGCAGGUCGACCACCAUUCCCCUGUACGCCCUCCACUGUCAUGAAAGCGGCGACUUCUACUGCCGUGACUGCCUUACUAAAGAAUUCUAUUCUGCUGGUCCAAACGAUCAGACAAUACGAUGCCCUCACCCGACCUGCCGUCGCUCGAUUGGCUUCAAGUCGCUAACUCCUCUCGGGCAACAUCUUCAUCUGAACAAUGACUUUUACGAUCGCGAAUGCAUCGAUGACAUCCGUCAGCGAUCGGAGGUCAUGAACAACUUGGUCGCCUUCACGGGCGAGGAGGCUGAGGUUAUCUUACACCAUGUCUAUAGUAUGUUCGAGGACCAGCUCAUGGAUCCUGUUGCGCUCGGCGGCGUCCCCGGUCACAUCACUGCAGGCUCUGUGCAAUCGCUCCAAGCUAGCUUUGACUGCAAUCCUUUUGUGUGUGGCUUUCUCGCAGAGAUGAAAACUGGUUCGAAAUUGAUGACUACACCUUACGAGCUUGAAGAAGACCUUAACGCUCUCCUCUCCAGGUCACUCUUCCAAUACGCACAGUGGAGCUAUGGCAACGAACUUUCUCGUUACGGUGUCGAUUUGAACAACGAAGAAGCUGUGCUAGAAGUAGCCUUGGAGAAUUACAAGCCCAUCAAUGAGCUUAAGGACAACUGGGAAUUGAUCAUCAAGAAGUGGGUGGAGCUGCUGGCAUGGAGGCAUUUGGAACGUCUGGCGUCACCUGAGGGCGGUGCUGCGGACCGUCAAAACAUGCAUGCCAAGUGCAUGAAAGAGUAG